UUGCGCCCAGCGGUAGUGCGCAGGCGCAGUCAUCCUGGGCCGAGCUAGAGCUACACGCUGGCGAGUGAGAGGCCGGUGGAGGCACCGAGAGCCCGAGUCCCGGAGCGACAAAGACAGCUCGACACAGUUGCACCAUGGAGGCCAUCGCCAAGUACGACUUCAAGGCCACGGCCGACGAUGAGCUGAGUUUUAAGCGGGAGGAUAUCCUGAAGGUUUUAAACGAGGAGUGUGAUCAGAACUGGUACAAAGCUGAGCUGAAUGGAAAAGAUGGCUUCAUCCCCAAGAACUACAUCGAAAUGAAACCACACCCAUGGUUCUUCGGGAAAAUCUCCAGAGCAAAGGCAGAGGAGCUGCUUAGCAAACAGAGGCAUGAUGGAGCCUUCCUCAUACGGGAAAGUGAAAGUGCUCCUGGAGACUUCUCACUCUCAGUCAAGUUUGGGAAUGAUGUGCAACAUUUUAAAGUACUGCGUGAUGGUGCAGGGAAGUACUUUCUGUGGGUAGUAAAAUUUAACUCUCUGAAUGAACUGGUGGACUAUCACAGAUCCACGUCCGUGUCACGAAACCAACAGAUCUUCCUGCGUGACAUUGAGCAGGUCCCACAGCAACCCACGUACGUGCAAGCGCUCUUCGACUUUGACCCCCAGGAGGAAGGUGAACUCGGAUUCCGCCGUGGCGACUUCAUCCAGGUUCUUGACAAUUCAGACCCCAACUGGUGGAAGGGCAGUUGCCACGGGCAGUCGGGCAUGUUCCCCCGCAAUUACGUCACUCCAGUCAACAGGAACAUCUGAUGGACAGCAGUGCUGAUACCUGAAAGCAGUUGCGGCUCCCCUGUGAACUUCACAGUCUGUAUGGAACUUCAAACUAAAGCGCCAAAAUCAAUUCUAUGGGAGGGGGAACAGAAAAUCUGAGCAGUUUCACCACUAGGUUCUGCAGCUGCUUCUCCCACCCCAUCCCCUCCUUUUCUCUCCCCCUGUCAGUCUGUGCAUGGGUUAUAAUUCCAUUACUUUUAUCAUGUUGUAGAAUUUAAAUGAUUUUUUUUCUAUGCAAAUAUUGGAUAAUCUUAUCAGAGAUGUAACACAGACUAGAGAUUAGUAACAGUCCUUGCCUUGGGUCUUUUUAAAAGGAAAAAAAAAUCAUUCUCAGCCUUGUGCAUUUCAGACACAGAAUUCCUGCUUUAAUUUUCUCCUCUUGUUUUUGUAUAAAUUAUGGUAAUUUAGCUUGUCCUUGGAAAUAAACCUAAAGUUUCCUUUAGCAGCUAGCAGCUAUAGGAAUCAUGUAUAAAUUGUCAAGAUGAUUUGUAAUUUUAGAAUAACUUGAGGGCUUUUAUCAACAGCAUGUUAUAGGAGCUUAUACAGGAGGUUGGGCUUCUUAUGGUCUAAAAGGUGUGUGGCUGAGCACUUUCUGAAUCCUGUCUUCAUAGUGCCUUUUAAUUUUCUUUUUUUUUUGUUGUUGAAUAUACCAACACAGACCCUGGCUGAUAACUUAUUUCCAGUUCACCUUGAUAGGUGUGAGCUGUGGUUAGUUCAGAGAUGAUGGGCAUUUACACUGAGGAGCUGCUGAACUUCUAUCCCAUGACUGGGUGAUGGGGUUUGAAUGUGAGAUUGGACAAGGCAAAUCCAGAGCCUGGUUUUUGUAUUCUGUGCCCAUUCGCUGCAAAACAGCCCUCUGUCCCUUUCACUUUCCACUGCAAGUUGGGGCUCUGAUCGAAUGACAGAGCAGCUCUGGAUUAACUCUGUUGCAUUUAUAUGUUAGGGAUGUGCUGGUGAAUCAAACCCUUGGUAACAUUGAAAGGGAUGUGUAACUGCAUGAAGGCGGUAGAUUAAUCCACAAUGGGGGUGGUUCCUCGGCCUCUCAUGGCAGUGAAUUCCUGGUGUGUGGCCCCUGUGGCCAUAUUCACUACGCUGAGACGUGGGGGUUAAGUACUUUUCAUUAUCAGUCACAUUCUAGCUGGUUUUUACACUCGGUCCAGCUGAUCCCUCCAGCCAGAUUUGUAUUUAUAUAAAGCAGCAUUGUAAUACUGAGGGAACUGUGCACCGUUUCACCCCGCAUACCUUGGACAAUGGGAGUUUGAUUUUUAUUUUGAACUGAACACAUUAUUUGAUGACAUAACUGAGAUAUUCUAAUCCUUAGUGAACUCUCUUUAAAGCCAUCUUGAUGCUUUUACUAAAUUUUCCUCCUCCUUUGUUUCUGUCGCAACUGAGCACUGUAAUAAUUAAUCCAUUUCUUGGGCUUUUUUACUUUAAGCAAAAGUGGGCACAUGACUCUCUGACUGGUCAAGAAGAUUAGUUGGAACUGAACCAAGUUAUUGCUGUUCAGACCUGGUCGGUUGCUGUAGUUCUUGUGCUUGGUGACCCCAGCCCAGUUUCACUUUGCCAAAACCGUGAUCUUUGAGCCUGGUAUUUUGGGGUGUCUUGGCCUUCUGCAGGAUUCGCUUCCCACUGACUCAAUAGUGAGGUGCUGAAGCAUGACCAUGCCAGUGACACCAGGUUCAGAGUGCCAUCGACAAUCCAGUGUCUGAUUCUGGCAGCCACACAGUUGCCAGCUUGGCUAAAGCCUGGCAGUAAAGGAGUAUCUUGCAUUGGUGGGGUGGGGGUGAUGGACAAGCCAAAUGGGCACAUUCACCCUUAGACAUGUCACAGCCAAAUACCUGUGUUGGUAAUGGGAACACAUGCGGAGCUGGUGUCAUGCUUUCAACAUAAAGAGAAUGUGUAAGAAAUUUGGAUAGGAAAAUUAGGAGUGUAGGAUAGAUCGGUACCAGAAUUUACCAGCCUAGGGUAAGAGGAAUAUCCAGAGUUGUGACACAGUACAAGUCUGGAGCCCCUACUCUCAGCAUCUGCUACAAAUAAGGAAAAAGGUAGAAGUUAGUACCUGCAGGGUACUGUUAUGGCUCUUCAACCCAUCCAGAUAGUAUUCCUAAUGGUAAAUGCAUCUCCACACUGAUGCAAGGUAAUGAUUGGUACCUGAAUGUUCCCAGGCAUCAAUUGAGAAGACUAAGAAUGGAGACCAAUUCCUCAGACCCUUCUGCAGAUGGUUGAAGAGCAGAUUGGAGCAAAGUUCCUAGACCUAAGUGGGCAACAGAAUUCACCAAAGGCAGCAAGACGUAGGGGAGGGGUGGGUGGUAAUCCUCAGUCAACAGAGGCCUGGAUGCACAUUGAGACUGGCCCCAAAGCAGGAUGGGUGGUAAUUAAAGCCAGCUUCCGAUCCGUGUCCUGGUAAUAAUAUGAAUUGGGUUCCUGUAUAGUUAACUGUUGUGCACUGUUGCUCAUCACCCCCCACCCCAUCUCCUUUUGCCAUGCCUGUAAGCAAUGUCAUACAUUGAUUUUAAAAUGUAUGUAAUGAAUUGCAGAUUCUGUUUAUUGCUGUUUGACUUCUGUUCAAUGUUGCUGAAUGCCCAGCUAGAAACACCAGGUAUGUACUAUUACAUGAGCAAGGAAGCACCUGGCUGGGCACCAGUACAGUCCAGUCUCUUGCAUGUGCUCCUAAAGAUGGUCAGCAUAUUACUUGUUCUUUAGGGGAGAGCUGAGGUGAUUGAAUGACCAACAGCUUGAUAGUGAUUGCUGUACCAUUCAGCAGGGAAUUGGGAGUGGACAUGAGACCGCAUAGAGUUCUUAAACAUAAUGUGUAGAAGCACAUACAACAAUUAGCAUUGUUUUUAUUGGUCGAGUCUCAGUAGCGGUGAGUAGGACUGGAACCACUGGUCAAAUCCUGGGUAGUUCAAUCAGAGCUCGUGUUGUCACUUCUGGGAGUUGGGUUUAGAUUUGUCCUGAACUCACCCUGAAAGAAUGUAAUGUUGUAACAGACUUUGGGAAAUGUGACUCAACACAGAAAACUAUCCAGUACACACAUUUAGAUCCUCACUGGAGGAUGCCUGGUAUGGGAACACCGUGCAUCUCAGUGCUGCACCUGGUGCAGUUAUCUGUAAGUGACUAAUGCCAGCACUAUGUCUUAAAUAGCAAGUGUUCUGUUCCCCAGCCUGUAACUUUAAAUAUGUUCUACCAAGCAUUCUAACCAGUGGUGAAAAUGCAACCAUUGAUGUUAUACAGAGGCCUGUGCAUGUGAAUAUUUAUUUUUAUAGCUGCAUAUGCUCUGUGCAAGACAGCAUUUAACACUCUGACUGGGCUUGGUUAGCAGAGUCUGGUACAAAUAUCCUAUUCCUGGCAUGGAGAAGGGAAAUUGCUCAUCACUUCAAUAUUGCAUAAAGCACUUUGUGUGAACUUAACUCUUCCCCUCAAAUAUCUUCAAUCACCAGCAAAUUGGCUGUAUUCCCUGCUGUGACACUUGUACCCACCACUACUGUAGCCCAGUGUUAUACAGUGACACUUGUACCCAACACCAAUGUAGCCCAGUAUUACAGUGGUAGAUCUGCAUGCACCAGUACUGUACCCCAGUGUUAUAGUGACGGACCUGCACCUACCAGUACUGUAUCCGUGUUUUUGUGACAGACCUGUACCCACCAGUACUGUAACCCAGUGUUAUACAGUGAUGGACCUGUACCCAUCAGUACUGUACCCAUGUUAUACAGUGGCAGACCUGCAUGCACCAGUAAUGCUUCCAUCAGUACUGUGCCCUAGACAGAUUCUCCCCACAUUUGGCAAGAUACUCUAAUUUUAUUGCUUGCUGCUUUCACAGUUUGAGGGGUGGGAAGAAAAAUUCUGGUUACACUGGUUGGAGAGCAGUACACACGCACAGUCCACGGAUUGCAGCACCGAGUUUGCGCACUGAGAAUUGUGUGUGAGAAGGAGGGAUGAAAAUUUGGAGCUAAUUCUACCGACUAGUCAGAUCUGAUCAACGACUGUUGAGUCCAGCUGUAUUUUGGAGUCAGGGUGUGGGCAGUACUAGGUUUAACAUUUUGAUCUGAAAUGGUGUUUUGGUUCUUUGAGUCCAGUUAUUUUUUUGUUUAAGUUCUGCCUUACGCAGUGAAAAUGCUAAGAAAUGAUAAGAUGAGCGAGUUUGAGCUUUCCUCUGCACGCUGUCACCUAAACUAUUGAACUGUGUGAAAGAGCGUUUGGCAACUGGACCAUUUGAUUGUUUACGUUUUUGAAUUGAUGUAUAUCAUAAGCCUUGCAGACAUUUCAUGUAUAUAUUAAAAAAAAUCAAUGUUAAAAUGGAAAGGCCUGUGUACUUAUCCCUUGAUUUUCAAUGCAUUUGGUAGGUAGAAAUUAACUGUGAAUAAUAAAAUGCUGUGUAUUCUU